AAACAAAAACAAAAACUCACACAAUAUUCAGGAAUCCAGCAAAGGUGCAACAAACAAAAAGUUGACUUUCAAAUUCCUUAUAAAUUCAUCACCAAACACAUUUCAAAAUUAACCAAAACACAAGAAACAACAAAUAUAAAAAAAAAAACAAUGUCGACUUCUAAAACCAUAACCUAUACUCUCUUCAUCGCAACACUAGUCGCGUCCUGCAACGCAGCCGCAAACAACACAACGCAACAGCACUUCCCAGCGAUUUUAAUCUUCGGCGAUUCAACCGUCGACACAGGGAACAACAAUUACCCAUUAAACACAAUCUUCAGAGCUACACAUCUUCCUUACGGCAUUGAUCUCCCAGACCACAAAGCUACCGGAAGAUUCUCAAACGGAAAACUAAUCCCCGACAUACUCGCUGCCAAAUUCAACAUCAAACAGUUUGUUCCUCCAUUCUUACAACCAAACCUCUCCGACCAAGAGAUUGUAACCGGAGUCUGUUUUGCAUCAGCCGGUGCGGGUUACGAUGACAAAACCAGUCUCUCGACACAAGCGAUACGUGUCUCGUAUCAACCCACGAUGUUCAGGAGUUACAUUGCUCGCCUCAAGAGUAUCGUAGGAGACAAGAAAGCUAUUGAGAUUAUAAACAAUGCUUUGGUGGUUGUAAGUGCAGGGACUAACGAUUUCAUCUUGAAUUUUUACACCAUUCCUACAAGGCGUCUUGAGUACCCUUUCAUCUCUGGUUACCAAGAGUUUAUACUUAAGAGGCUUGACAAUUUCCUCCGGGAGCUUUACAGUUUAGGUUGUCGGAACAUUGUUGUCGCAGGUUUACCGCCGAUUGGUUGUUUACCGAUCCAAAUGACAGCUAAAUUCCGCAAUAUCCGAAGGUUUUGUUUGGAACAAGAGAACAAAGACUCCGUUACAUACAAUCAGAUUCUUCAGAAGCAGUUAGCUCAGACCGAAGCAUCUCUUACAGGAAUCAAGAUCCUUUACGCCAAUAUCUAUGAUCCUAUAAAGGACAUGAUGCAGAAACCUAGCAAAUACGGGUUUAAAGAAACAAAGAGAGGAUGUUGUGGAACAGGCUCAUUGGAGACGAGCUUCAUGUGUAAUGCUCUCUCUCCGACGUGUCGGAAUCACUCCGAAUUUUUGUUCUUUGACUCGAUUCAUCCAUCAGAAGCUACUUAUAAUUACGUCGGUGAUUUGCUCGACAAGGAUAUCCGUAACUGGAUUGCAGCUUAA